AAGUGGAUUUACAGGUAGUAAUAGUGCAAGAAUGAGUACUGUCAAGUUAAGUGCCCAUGAUGGUUUGUCACACCUUAAAGGUUAAAGGUGUGACACAACAGCAUUACAAUGCCCUGACCUGCAAAUCUUGAUCUCCAAAUGUAAGAAAACAUGUUUGUUUGGUACAGACCCCAACAAAUUUCACAUCAUCAUGAUUUUAAUAGAUUUUUCAGUGAAAAUUAAAACUGUGAUGCAAAAAUGAUCAUUCCCACUAACCAUGAAUCAUAUUGAAAUUGUAAUAGCUGUGAAAAUAAUCGCAAUAUGAUUUUUUUUUUUUUUUUUACCAUAUUGUGCAGCCCUAGUCUGUAGAGAGAUUAGCUGUCCUACUUAGAGGGUAUACUUACCUAAAUGUUGCCAUUUUAUUUUUUGACACAGGAUGUAAUUUUUCCAAUGGUGGAUUUGAAUACAGACCCAACUAAAGAAAUUUAAUUGGCUAGAGGCCUCUUUGACAUUUAAGUCAAUUAAAUAAGUUCUCAGAAUCAGGCAAUAUACACUCUCUGCACAUCAUCAAUUCUAAGAACAGUUACUUAGAUGAUCAGAGGUCCACUAAAUCAAAGCCUUGAUACCCAUAAUCUUUCAGUAUACUCAACCCAUCAUGUAUACAAGCAAAGGUAGGCAUGGUAGCAUUUAGUUCAUCUACAGUAACUUAAAGUGCUGUUGAGUAAGAUGCCAUACCCAACAAGCUUAGCUGCCAUUAGGUUCAACUGGCUAGCCCUUAAACCUUAGUGCUGAUCAUUUACCUCAUGAUGACAAAUUAACUUUGCAUAUUGUACAGGAAUGCUUGGCAUAAAUAACAAGGGUCCAAGGGGUGUUGGAGCUCUGGUCAUGCAGAGUAGAAUAAUAUUCUUUCAACAUGGUUGCUCUAAUGUUAUGGAAAUUGAUCGUAUGAGCAGGUAUCGUUGCUCAUCCUGAAGAGAGAUUAGUCUACUCAAUACUUCACUUAAUACAUAUGUAUAUAGGUCUACACUGUAGGCUACUGUCUGUCCAUGGUCCAUACUGGAACAAGGAGCUCUGUUUUUUGGAUAAGAACUGAAAGCCAAAUUUCUAAGUCAGAGUUGGGGGUGCUGAGAGAAACUCAGUCUAUUUAAUGAUGUCAUGGUGACAUUCAUGGUUUUUGCAUUAAUUUGAAUGGCCAGGAUCAUAGAUAGAUAGAUAGAUAGAUAGAUAGAUAGAUAGAUAGAUAGAUAGAUAGAUAGAGAUAUGUGGAUCUACCGUUCAUAUGCAACUGCUAUCACUCUGUUUGCUGUUAACAAAGAAACAGCUGUUAACAUUGACACAAGUCUGCAGGUAGUUCAUACACUAAUAAACCUGAGAAUUAGGCUAUACAGAGUUACAUCAGGCUUCAUGAUCAAAUGAUCAGUUUUUGUUUCAUGUCUCCAUUUCUGUCCAUAUGCAUGAUCUCUCUCUCUCUCUCUCUCUCUCUCUACAGUAGCUUUAAACAUUAUUAAAUUAAUACUGCCACACCUCAAAAAUGAGAGCAAACUGUAGUUACCAGACAUAUUAACUAAUCUAGAUCUAUAACCAAAUCACACAUCCAGUUGUACUGAUGGCCUAUUGUCACUGUACAGUGGCAUUAAUUGCAGUUACCUUAUGUACUCUAGCUGUAGCUGGCUGGAUUGAACUCUCUGGGUCUGUCUGACCAUGUGCCCUGAAAUCUUUGGUUACUUUGAUUCAGUGGGACACACUAAACUCCCUGAAACACCUCAAUGUGUUCGCAUGUGAUAGAUCCAACCUGCCUUGCCUUGCCUUAAUCGGGGUUGGAAAAUUUGAAGAAAUACUACAACCGUUUUCAUAUUCUAAUGCUAUAAGCUACUAAUCCAAAUAUGACUUAUCUAUUGCAAAUUGCAUUUACUUAAGGUAAUGAUAACUUAAGGCAGUGAAUGGAAAAACAAGCAGACUAACAUUACUAGCCUUAAAAAGAAAGCGUAACGUUAUUGGAGCUGGCACAUUAAACUGUACCUCUGCAAAUCUGGACAGACAGGGUUAGGUAACGCUGCUGUGUAACUUAGGCGAGUCAAGGAUUUAAAUUUUUAUCUUGGAGGCUCAGUAAAUACAAAGACAUAAGCACAUAAAUGGCUAACGUUACAGUAGCUGCGGGUACAGUUGUGUUAACACCCACUGAACUGACAACAGUUAAUGUACGCAAAGCUGCAUAUUUUCAGUUGAAUAACGUCAGCUAGCCAGCUGAGGUAAUAGUAGCUAACACGUUAGAGGAAGCCAGUACACAAGGGUCACAGGGUAUUUAACAUUACCGCCCGAGUAAAUCUGAUACACCCUUUUCCAUUUACACUUGCCAGGUUAGCAUUGCUAGCAUUAGCUAGCUGCAAGCUGCGCCUGUCAGUGCAUGUCAGCAGCUAACGGGACCUUGACCAGACACACAAAACUAGCUGCCUGACUACAUUACACAAAAGACAGACACGAAGCCAUGCAAAUAUUAACCGACACCAAAACAACCCAGUAAAAUAUGUGGGCUAACUUUGCUGCACCAGCUUGCAUGAAUGCUAACAACCACAAAUUAAUCUGGUCCGCAGGCUGUCUUGGAGUUUGUUGAUGUGGAGAGAUUUCAGCUUCAAUUUGUGGAAAAGCGAUCCUUUUAAAACACAAAACCAGCGACAGGAAUAAUAAUUACUUACCGCACAAGACCGAAGACUGUGAGAUCCAACAUCCUGCAAACAGAGGGCCAUGCAUGUUGCACUGCGGCCACGCAGUGGUUGCCUGGUGCUCUGUCUGUGCCUGUCUGUGUUUACCCUGCUGCUACAGAGCCUCUGGGUGCCACUUGAGAUGACCAGGGAUGAACCUGCUGGGAGGUCACCUGAGGAACAAGGUCAGCGUGGUCUUGGUUUUCGUAGGCUGGCUCUUCGCUUGGAGGCUUUGAGUACUCAGGUGCAGAGGCUGAGCAGAAAGAGAGAUGUCACCCAGCUUACCAGAGAUGAUAUCAGUCUGUUACUGCAGAGCUUUAGACAGGACCAGCAAAGCUUAGCCCGCUUGGUAGAGAGGGAACUGAAGAGAGUGUCUCUGAGGCUUGACCAGCUCAGCCGCCAUUAUCACCAUCAAUCUCACACACCAUCACCACAUGAUGACCUCAGGCUACACACAGGGCCCAAUGAGCAGUGUGAGGUGCCAAUGGAUCCUGCAUAUCCGGUGUGUGCGGAGAAAGUGGAGUUUCUACGGGUCCGUUGGCAUUCAGAUCCCUGUUAUGCCUUUUAUGGGGUGGAUGGUACCACCUGUUCCAUAUUGACUUACCUCAGCCAAAUAGAGGACUUUUGUCCCCCUCGUGGAAGCAACCGCUCUACGCUGCCAUGGCACCAGAAACCUCACGCUUACACAGAGAAGGCUGAGAUACGUACAACUCUGAGUCCACUGUAUGAGGUCAUCAGCAACAACAGUGGUCCUGCCAUAAACUUCAUUCGGUCCAGAGUGAAAAGGAUGUCUGAACGGUGGAUACAGGCUGGUCUGAGGAUGAGGCAAAGCAGCAACAAGACAGUCUCGACCCAGAUGAGGGUGCUGCUUUAUCCUGGUGCCCUGGCUGGGAGUGUUGGCCAGCGUUUUGAAGCCAUGGUGGAUACAGGGGGUCCACUAGGGGAGCUGGUCCAGUGGGCUGACUUCAGUGCCUGUCUGACAAUCCUGGGCCACAACUUAACCUUGAGCACCUCACAGCACCAACUCCACAGCCUGAUAGGUGCUGCUCCAGGCCGAGGCAGUUGUCCAAUCCAGAGGCCCCUGACCUUUGACCUCAUCUAUACUGACUACCAUGGCCUUGCUCACCUUCAAGGCGCCAUGGGAUUGGCUUUCCUGCAUUACAGGUGUCGCUUCAGAAUCCUGGACUCUUUUGGCACUGAACCAGCCUUUAACUUGGGGAGUUAUGCACGUAGCCAUGGGUAUAAAACACUGUGGGGCAGCUGGAGUCUGCAACCUCUACAGUACAUGACCAUGUUCCCUCAUACUCCUGAUAACUCCUUCCUGGGCUUUGUGAGCGAGGAGGCAGUGAGAGAGGAGGUGAGGGAGGAAGAGCUGGAACCGGACACCUACAGGAAAGACAGGAUAGCUGUUGUCUAUGGCAAACAGGACUACAUGUGGCAGGGUAAAUCUGAGUAUGUGGGGAUGAUCAGUGAAGAGCUGGAGACCCAUGCUACAGUCUACCAGCCUCCAGGACAUGCCUCUAAUCUGCCCAGCUUCAUCACAAACCAUGGACUGCUGACACAGAAACGCUUCCUACGACUUCUCCGCAGAGCUAAGGUAUUUGUAGGCCUUGGGUUCCCCUAUGAGGGUCCAGCUCCCAUUGAGGCAAUAGCUCUGGGCUGUGUCUUCCUUCAGCCACGAUUUGACCCACCACACUCAUCUGACAACAAUGACUUCUACAAAGGCAAGCCCACCACAAGACAGAUCUCCUCGCAGCACCCGUAUGCUGAAAGAUUCAUUGGCAAACCCCACGUGUGGACUGUAGAUGUGACCAACAGGACUGAUGUACAGGAGGCAGUCAGAGCCAUUCUACGCACAGAGGUGAAGCCUUUCACUCCCCGAGAGUUCACGUGUGAGGGAAUGCUGGAGAGGGUUCAUGGUUAUAUCACUCACCAGAAUUUUUGCAGUAAAUCUGUCCCUACUUGGCCACCAGAAAGUGCUCUAAGGGUGCACCUGGGUCCCCUGGGUCAGUCAUGUGUCAGUGUGUGUCAACGGUCCUCCCACGUGUGUGAGCCUGCUCUGUUUCACCACCUGAACAGUCCUGCUGCGUUCACCAGACUCGGGAUAGGCUGCUCCAGCAUGCGGCUGGAAGUCAACCACCUGUUUCCUUCCUACAGCCCUUGGGGUCGACACUGUGGCCUUCAGCAGGAGCCUCUGCUGUACAGUUGUGCUGGCUCUGAUCCUUCUCACCGCAGACUGUGUCCCUGCAGAGCUCACCUACCUGGACAGGUGGCGCUGUGCCCUGACUGCCUCUAAACAACACUGUGAAAGAACUCAGGAAAUAGCAGGAAGUAAAGGGGAAAAAUGUAAUAACAUGAAGACAGCACCAAAGAGCCAUCUGCAAUGCAUACUAUAUAGCUAAAGAAUUGAUUUCGACCAAAGAGACAGCUGUGCUGCCAAUGCUAUUGAAAGCUUUGUGGUCUCGUUUGUGGAUCUCACGCUGAAAGAUAGAGUAUCUGCACUCUAUUUAUUAUCAUGUGCACAUUGAUACGAGUUCAAAAUCAACCAUUUUUAGUGCCCCAGUAAUCUGAAGGAAUCAUCUCAGCCAGCAUCCCUGGCAUUUAGUAUUUCAUUUAAUUUAUCACAAACACAUCAAGUGAUAGGUGUUUGUCCCUAAGGAAGUGGACAUUAGUGGUUGACGGUUAAUUAAUUAAUAUGAGAAAAGUUGUGCCAAGUGGGUAAGCUUUACUUGUGAAAAGUGAAAUAUGGUAGGGUGCAUCCACUUUCUAGAUUUGUCCGAUGCAAUUGUUAUGCACAAGACUUUGCUAAGUUCAUGACAGUCAUUACUCAGGAACCAAAACUUAAUGAUUGUCAUUUUCAAGGCCAUUUUCAUUGUCAUCAAGUACUUAAACUGUUGAAGAGUGGUGAAUUCAAGGCCUGGUGUCUCAUAGUGCAGAGUAAAAAAAACUCCUGUUUUUGUAGCUUUUCCUUGAUCCCUUCGGCAAAUAGUCUUUAAAUGAAGGCAAGAUGCACAUUAGGGAAAAGGUGUAUAAAUGAAUAUAGGUGAAAAGUGGCCAUUUAAUUCUCAGUGUUUAACUUCUCUUCUCCUGCUCCAGAUCACACGCAGUACAGUGCACUUCAAAAUUAUGUGAAAUAAGUAUCUAAUCAUUCAUUUGCUUACAGUAAUGUAUCACACUGGUCAGCGUUGCAUGGGAUUACCCCUCAUGUAACCCCUCAGUGCAUUGCUGGCUGCAAAUAUUAGCCCGGGCCUCGGUGACAGCCUAAGUGAUGAGGCUCAUUAUCUGAGUGAAUCAUGGAUAACCUCUGGAUUGCCUUUGGGAGGUCACAGCCAUAUGACCAUGAUUAUACUGUCAUAUAAACCAUUGGUUCCCAACCAUCUUUGACUUAGGAAACCCCCUCAGCUCUGUUUAAAUCCAUGCCCCCCGCCAGUAUAGGCAGAACCUCAUUGUUUGUCUUUCAAACACAUAUUUUGCGUAAUUCAGACCAGGAGAAAGUCACUGAAGGCAGGAUUAAUUAUGUUUUCUUGAGUUAUUUUACUAGAAAUUACACCUUAAAUGAUUUUGAUCAUAACAGAUGACUCAUUUUGUCCAGAGUUCUUGCGUUUGCUCCAGUAUUAUUCCUUGUCUGCCUCAUGACCUACAGAUAUUAAGAGCCCCCCAAGGGUAUUUUUCACCCCCAGGUUGAUAUGAACAAACAUGGAAACAUUUACAUACAGUAUAUACAGUGAUUUGGCUACAUGACACAAAGAAAGCCUGAAAUUUUCUAUUUCAGAAGCCUCAAAUGGUCACACAGACUUAUCUCAUCAUCCCUGCCUGCAAAACAGCUUGUGAAAGAAAGAAAUGAUAACAACUAAAGGCCAAACUACAGCCCACGAUCAGUAUUAUAAGUGAUGGGGUGCUGGAUUUACAUGGCGCAGCUGUUAGCAAAGAUCGCUCCAACGAUGGCAACAGGCUGCUAUGCUGAACUGGAUUGAUGUGAGGUUUUUCUUGGAAAUGACAUACUCAUGAAUGUUAAUUGGCAGAACAAGAGACCUUUUCCGCCCCGAUACACUCCAUGUAUUGUCACUCAGGGAUCAGACCGCUUAGGGAUCAGACUGCUCAGGUCUGCGACGACAGGACUGGUCGACAAUGUGAUUGACUAGUAAAUGCCUGUGAAACGGUCCAUGAAAACAACAUUUGUGAUGACUUUGGUGGAUUCUGGUGAAUUCAUUUGGCCCUGUCAAAUGUGACUUUUGCUUAAUUAGCUGAACGGUCCAAAGAUGAUGGAAAUUAACUUGUGUUUAUGUCAAAAGGCUGUUUGGAUUAAAGGAAAAUAAAAGUUGCUUUUGACGCAGAGGGACGUCUCUCAAACAAAA